CGGCUCCGCCACCGCCACCGGCGAGCUGGCGUUUGGCUUGCUUUCCGCUGUUCUCCCCCGGCGCUCGCUGUGUGCAGCAAAUCCCUUAGAGGGGGGCAGAAGUGGCUUCCGUGACAGCAGAGGGAGGAGGGAAAUAAGAUAAAAUAAACCAAAACAAAAUAAAACGAGCGCGGAGCCAAGAAAUCACUUGCUUCUCCUCGUCUCUCGGCGAGCGCAGCCAGCUCUGCUCCCCCGCUGCCCCUCUGCCGCGGGCAGCGAGGGCAGCAGGGACCGGGCAGGCACCUAGCCAGGCGCCCGGGCUCGCCGCACCCGCACCCCGCCGCUCCCCCGCGGCAGGGAGAGCUGCCGGGGGCAACCGAGGCAGAGCCGAAAACGCGGCCCCGCAAAAAGCAGAGAGCAGAAAGUAAAGUUUCGAAAUAGCAUCCGAACAACCGCAAAGGACCGGACCGGGCAGAGCUCUCCGCUUCGCACCCGCCCUCGAUGGUGCAUUCAAGGGGCUACGCCAAGGAUGUGAACAUCCCUUGCCUGCGGCAUGAAGAGGGAUAAAGACGCAGAAAAUCCGUGUUAUUUAUUUAUUUAUUGGAAGCAAUGUACGGGUGACACCCAGAAGGCAUCUGAGCCCUGAAAAAAAAAAAAAAAAAAAAAACCCUCUGGACCCAAACGAAAACAAGAAGAAUGAGACAGCAGCCCCGACCCCUACACUAGGAGGAAGGUGAGCAGAGAGAAAGAAAGAAAGAAAGAAAAUAUAGAAAAGCCAUGCAAGCACCAAACCUGUAGAUUUCUGCAGCUAUUUUUUGCUUCACUGAGGACAGAUAUUUUACUGACAGCCAUGCAGCAUAAAGGCAUCAUGCUGAUUGUGUUCUUGGAGUAUUUUAUUUCUGGCCAUGGGGAAGCAGAUCCCAUGAGGCUACGAGCCUUCCGCUGCAGUGGCCGCUCGUGCAACCCUCCGGUGGGCAACCUUGCGACAGGGAGGACACCAGCCACUCUCACCACAUGUGGGCAGAACAGCACAGAACUGUACUGCUUCUACCCGGAUCAGAACCUCCUCCAUCAGUCUUCCCGUGGCUGUGGACAGCCUCGCUGCACCAAAUGCAAUGCCAACCAGCCUGAUAACUCCCAUCUCCCUGCUGACAUGACAGAUGAUUUCUUUGCAAACCCCAUCUCCUGGUGGCAGUCUGCCCAAGGGGUACACAGAGAAGAAAUCAGGCUGGACUUUGAAACUGAAUUCUAUCUGACCCAUGUCAUAGCUGUGUUCAAGUCACCUCGCCCAGCUGCGAUGGUGUUGGAAAGGUCCCAGGACUAUGGCCAGACUUGGAGGCCCUACAAAUAUUUCUCUGCCAACUGUACAGCUACUUUUGGUCUCCAGGAUGAUCUCAUUGAGGAGGGCUCUAUGUGUACUUCCAGAUAUUCAGAUGCAGUGCCCUGCACCAGAGGAGAGGUGAUUUAUCGUGCCUUAACUCCGGCUAACAAGAUCGAAGAUCCCUAUAGUCCUGAGGCCCAAGACCUUCUGAAGCUCACCAACCUCCGUCUCCUUUUGUUAAAAAGACAGGAAUGUCCAUGCCACGGUUCAGCAUUGCUAGAGAAACCUCAAAGAUUUGCCCACUACGCUAUUUAUGACCUGAUUGUCCGGGGAAGUUGCUUUUGUAAUGGGCAUGCAGAAGAAUGUCAGCUUGCCAACAGGACAGCAGACACGGAGAAUGUGGUCCACGGGAAGUGUGUGUGCAGACACAAUACAGCAGGGGACCACUGUGAGAAAUGUGCACCACUAUAUAACGAUCAGCCUUGGAAGCCAGGAGAUGGAAAAACAGGGGCACCAAACGAAUGCAGAAAGUGUCGCUGCCACAACCAUGCUGAUAGCUGCCACUUUGAUCUGAGUGUUUGGCUGGCAUCAGGAAAGCGCAGUGGUGGAGUCUGUGACAACUGCAAGCAUAACACAGAGGGACAUCGGUGUCAAAGGUGCAAACCAGGAUAUUACCGUGAUAGAAGCAAACCCAUGUCUUCCCCAGAGGUCUGCAAACCUUGCUCCUGCCAGCCAGUGGGUUCAGCCAACACCACUUUCAGCAGAAGCUGGCGAUGCCACCCCAAGACGGGAUUCUGCUACUGCAAGCCUGGCGUGGCAGGCCCCAAUUGCGACAGAUGUCUCAUGGGCUACUGGGGCUUUGGAGAAAAUGGCUGUCGUCCUUGUGACUGUGCCAGAGACUGCGACCAGCACACUGGAAACUGUUUCAAUGGCUAUGACAAUGAGCCAUUCUUUAAUAUCCCCAUUGGAGGACGAAUCCCUGACCUUGUGCAAAUGCCAACUAAUGAGACUGAAGAUGAGUGGAAAUGGAAUGACCAUGAGCAGGGAUUUUCUGCACUGAGGCACCCAGAAAAGUGUGUGUGCAAGGAGAGGGUGCUUGGAAGUGUCACUGAUUUCUGCCAAAUGAAAUAUGCCUAUGUGAUAAAAGCAAGAAUCCUAUCAGCUCAUGACAAAGGGACCCAUGCAGAAGUCGUUGUGAAAGUGAAGAAGGUCCUGAAAUCAGGCAAAGUAAAAAUUGCUCGGAGCAACAGAAGCAUUUUCCCGGAAUCCUGGACCAACAGGGGAUGUACAUGUCCCAUUCUCAAUCCUGGUACUGAUUAUCUUAUAGCAGGCCAGGAGGACUCUAGGACCAGCAAACUCCUUGUGAACAUGAACAGUCUGGUGAAACCCUGGAAAGCAUAUUUGGGAAAACAAGUAGCAGAUAUUCUUCGAACUGGAUGCAAGUAAUCUCUGCUUCAGAAGUUAAAAGUGAUGAACUUUCCCUUUUAAUAACACUGCAGUGAAAGGUGUAGUUAGUUCAUUUGUUCCCAUUCAACACACUCCUAGCUGAAGCAAUGAAAAUAGACUUACCAUCCUUUCUCCUUUCAUGUGCUUAGACAGGAAACCUGGGACAUGACUACUUUUUUCAAAAAAAUACAUAGUCUAAUCAUGCAAAAUUACCUGUUGCAUCAUACAUAGGUUACAAGUCAGUUCUUAAUUUGAGCCUGAUUCCUCCACACCCAGAGAAUCAUUUUACAAGGCAAAACUGAAGAUAGGGAUCAGUGUUUCCAUGCUUCAGGUCAGAGCCUGAUAUUAAUACAUAUAAGCUGCCUAUAUAGCACAUUCAUUACUUGGGUGUAAUUUUCUUUAUUUAAGUGACCACUAACCAGCAACAAUUUCUUUCAGCUUUACAGGUGCCAUAAUACUAAAUGAGCAUGUCAAAUGAAAUUAUUUAAAAGAGCUCAGAUAUUUUUAUUUACCAUCAAACUGCAGUUAGACCAGCGUAACAUGUUGCUUUCUAGAGGGCAAAAUUAUCACAUUGCUGCACAGAGACAAACUAACAGGACUUAGCUCUGAUGAGGUCCUCUAUAGAUGUACAUUGCUAUCAUCAGUUCUUAGUGCUGAGGUCUGCUGGCUCAGUGGCUCAAUUUUGGUUCCAAACCCAACUCUUCCUCUCAAAGAUCGUUUUGCUCUGUGCUGCAGUACUUAGUCUGUAACACCACACAAAGGUUUCAUAGCAAUUACCACCAAAAAGCCUUAUGCUAGGAAAGACACACCAAGCCACAACAUGUGAGGAACUAGAGCUGCUCUAAUGUUGAGUUUGUGAUACUACAAAAGCACAGGCAAGCGAAAGAAGAUGCAAAUGGAUUGGUUGGACUGUGUAUUAAAUGAGGUAACUACAGUGACUUGGGAGCCACCUGGCUAUUCAAACUGUGCUCAAGACCGCUGGCAUUUGAUUGCAAAUUCUGCUUUACUUCUCCUGGUGAUACUUCUGAGUUAAAAUACUGAAGGUAGGCUGCCUUCCCCUUUUGCCUGAAGAAUUUUUUCCAGAGAGAUAUAAGGGUGGUAACAUCUGCACUCUAGGUAAAGUACUUCUGUUCUGCAAAAGCAUUCUUCCUAAAUUCAUUUUAGCCUACUCUACAGUAAUUAAGAGAUAGCUAGUGAAACUAAAAUCUCCUCAAAAUACUUUGUUAGGGGAUGAUUUAAGACCUCUGUUCCUCUGAGAGGGAACUCCUGGUCAAAUGAAGUUGGUUAUGUUCCUUCACCAAGUAAAGCAGAAACUAUAAGGGUCAGUCUAUUCUUUUUGCAGAUUACAGAGGAAAAAAAACCAUGCAUGCAUACUACUUCUGAAUGCUUCUAUUCCGUGUCUGCAAUUUUUUUUUAAUGCUCCCAAGGGAGGAGAUAUCUUCCUCUAGCACUGGAUGACUGGCAUACAGAGUAUGCAGAAAAACCUAAGCCUAAUGCAAAAGGAUAGGAGUCCCAGGUUAUGAUGUGAAACUUAGGUAAAUCAUCAGUUUGUUCUCUUUAUCACUAGGGACCUGAAAAAACAGCCUCUUUCUGUCCAUUGGUUGCUGUUUUCCUUUUAACUUAGGGUUGAUUGAACAGCAGAAAAUUCCUAAGGUCAUUUUGAAGCAGAAGACAGGCAGAUAUUUACAAAAUAAGUGUCUCACUUUUCUCCUGACAGCGCAUAAACAGUGUUUCUUCCUCCCCCCUUUUCAGGAACUCUCCCCUCCUCCAUUGCCAUUGCAUUCCUUGUUUCUUUCCAUUUGUCUUGCACACACUUUAUUAUUUAUUUGUUGUUACCUAAAGCAGUAUCCAACAAUGUGGCAUCUCCAACAAGUCAUUUACUUAAUGUAAUAAAACACUUUUUAACCAGGGAAUUUGGCUUAAUUUGAAAUGUCAGCUUAUAGAAGUUAAGAGCAUAGCAAGUGCUUUCUAUAUUGGCUGCAGAACAACAAAGUGAUCGACUAGUUCUCUUUCAAAGACCAUGAAAAAGAAAAGAUGUCUAUAGGACUUCCCAGUGUGCUCUCAAAGGGCAUUUCAGAAGAAAUGAAAAUCAAGACUAAAUUUAGAACUAAAGAACACACUUUUCAACACAUGCCAUUUUGUCUGCUGAAGAUCUUACUUAUAAUCAUACUCCAUAUUGGUUAAAUAGUACCACGUUAAGGCAAACUUCCACAUUUUACUUUUUUUUGUGCCAGACUGGUUAUUCUGUGGUGAGGAUAAGCACCCACACUGUUCCUUUCUGCAGAUGAACACUGUUUGUUAACAAGGUCACUCCACAAGUACUUCCAGCUACCACUAGUAAAAAUACUAUUUGGAACAAGAAUAUUAACACCCCAGGGAGUUCUCUUGGGGCCUGCUGCAAUACAAAUGGUUAAUGACUACUUUACUGCAAACACCAUUAUGUGAACACAAGAUAAUCAUUCUUGCAUCACACACACCAGCUAUCUCCACAGCAGGUGACACCCACAAUAGUGGGAAAGAGAAACGUAAAGCAAGUGAGGGAUGGGAGGGCCAAGGAAAAUCCAGCCAAUUUCUUCUCCUCCCUCUCACUUCCUACUCUUUCUGAAUCUCUAAUUUAUUUGCUGGUAGCUGUAAAGCUAAGUCUACUUCAUGUCCUCCAUUAGUUAGAAACAUUGCACAUUUAUGUUCCAACUCCUAGCUCUUGUUUAGUGGCUUUGCUUUAUAGGGUAGCAGGUAUUGCAUAAGCAUGCAACUUAAUUAGAAAGUCCAAAAUGAAAAGCAUUUAGGGUGAGCCAAUGCUGCAAGUUGACUUUUUAUUGCUAUGACUACCUUCUGCUAAUCAGGUAUCUCUAAGUUCACCAAGAUGAAAAACCAAAGAAUGGAGAAAAAAGUUCCAACUUGCACAGAAUUACCACAUGCGAUCAAUUUGUUCUGCAGUGCUUUAACCCAGGUAGCCUACCUGAAAAGAAGUUUCCAAGUAGAAAUGAACUGCAGAGACUGAGUUAGAACAGGUAUCAAUUCAAGUAGAACUGAGAAAGUUUAACACCAUCACCACCAGGAGACUUGGGAAAGGAAAUUAAGAAGAUAUUUUCUUGUGUACUGGGGCUUCAAGAGAAGAUGAGCAUGAAACAGUGCAAGACGAUAUCUAUCUUCCUAGCAAUAGCUGUUACAUAUUCCUCAGCAGAACAAACAAGCUCAUAUAUAAUGAAUUAGAAAAGCUACCAUAGAAGCUACUUCUAUCAAAAAGGAAUCAUUUUGUAGGUCUGUGUACAAUACCAUGUAUCCUGUGAACUUCUCUGUGACUGUGCCUCCUAGGUGAUGCAGUAAUACAAAUAAUAUUAACAUAGGAAAAAAGGUGCAUUCACCCACUGAAUCCAUCCAGUGGGUGGACAGCUUCUUUUUAGUACUUCUAAAACAGGACCUGUCCCUAAAACAUCCACAUGAACAACCCUACAACACGCAAAAAGACAAGGCGCUUCAGGGGCAGUAGCAAUCACAUGCCAAACAGUAGCAAUGAUGUAUCACAUUGAAACCCUGCAUGAGGAUGAAAUAAAAGUGUUUACCCACAAGAAAAGAAGUCUGGAAAGUUGUAGAAAAUUUAUAAUAGGGCAGGCAAUAGCCUGAAGCACAAGCACAUGCAGUUUUCCACAGAUAACAGCAAACUCAGGAUUGUUGGAGGCCAAAGUAGCUCUCUGUAACAGCUGUGCAGCGUGUGCAUCCAUGAAUAACAUGGUCAUUCUGGUAAUACAGACCCUCAAAGAAUCAAGCUAGUUCAUUACGUAGUUGUUGCAAGUGCUGAGCCCUAACUCCAGCGUAGUGACAUAUUGCUACUAAUGCUUCUCCAUCUUCUGCUCUUGGCAAAGCAACUAAGAGGAAAGAAAAUGUACCUAUGCACAGUCUUGUGCACUGCUCUUCUGAGAAUGGCUCACUGCUAUAAAGAAUGUUUUCUCUGUAGUGUUUACCAUCUGUCCCCAAAUUUUGCCAUGCUGCUUGAUGUAAGCUUUUUUUGAAUUGAUAUAAUUCACACAAUGUGCUCUCUAAAGCCCCUCAGACCUGGAAAAGUUAGUGUGUUAUUUGUUAUGUGUUGUAGCACAUUUUCUUUUUUGUACUUAAAACUUCAAUUAAAAAUACUUAGAGAUUUA